GGGGCCCUCCUGGAGCAAAAUUCCUGAGGAGGUAGGAGGACAGGACGGGCCACCUGAGCUGACGAUUACUUUUACGUCUGAGGAGCAAUCCACGGACCCACCGCGUGCAAAGAAAAGAGCUAGGCCGCACGUCCUGGGCGUCAUGGUCCACCUGCGGGCUUCCGAAGUGCGGCAGCUGCUCCACAACAAGUUCGUGGUCAUCCUGGGGGACUCUGUCCACAGGGCCGUGUACAAGGACCUGGUGCUCCUGCUGCAGAAGGACUGCCUGCUCACUCCCAGCCAGCUCAAGGCCAAGGGGGAGGAGAGCUUCGAACAGGACAUUCUCUUGGAGGGAGGCCAGCUGGGCCCCAUGCACAACGGCAUCGAGUACCGCGAGGUCCGCCAGUUCUGCUCCGGCCACCAUCUGGUGCGCUUCUACUUCCUCACGCGCGUGUACUCCGACUACCUCAAGGCCAUCUUGCAACAGCUGCGGUCGGGCGAGCACUUCCCAGACGUGAUCAUCAUGAACUCCUGCCUCUGGGACAUCUCCAGGUACGGUGAGCACUCGUGGUCAAGCUACCUGGAGAACCUGACGAGGCUGUUUGGGCACCUGGGCCAGAUGCUGCCCGAGUCGUGCCUCAUGGUGUGGAACACAGCCAUGCCGCUUGGCGACAAACUCUCCGCCGGCUUUCUCCCGCCCGAGCCCCAACCCUGGACCAACGCCCUGAAAUUCAGGGUGGUCGAAGCCAAUUUCUAUAGCUCCGUGGAGGCCAAGAACCACGGCUUCGACGUGCUGGACUUGCAUUUCCACUUCCGCCGUGCGCAGCAGCAUCACCUGCAGCGAGACGGGGUGCACUGGGACGAGUAUGCGCACCGACAGCUCUCCCAGCUGCUGCUGGCCCACGUGGCCGACGCCUGGGGGGUGGAGCUGCCCCAACGCGACCCAGUGGGCAGGUGGAUCAAGGACGGCCCUGCAAGAGGAGAGCGUGGCCAGGGAGCUGAGAGGCAGCCCCUGGCCCGCAGAGGUCAACGGACCUUAUCUCUGCCUGGACCCUUGCCUCCUCGCACGUGCUACCCCCUGCUCCCGCUCCCAUCUCCUCGCCCACCCCUGCUCCCACUCCUGCCCCGACAGCCUCCUCCCAUCCGCUUUCACCAACCCAUGCCCCAGUUUCUCCUCUGUCCCCAAGAUGCCUGUUUGUCCUCAGGCCGUCCGGAUCAAUUCUCCUUAAGCCAUUUCCAUUCAGAUGUCCCCUUCGAAACUGACUUUAUGUUAGGUCCCCAGCCACCUGUGCCGCCUUUCCCCACACCCCGUUAUCAUCGGCAGCGGGCCCCUGUGGUUCAUAGGGGGUUUCCCCAGUAUUCGCCCCGUGGCCCGUAUGGGCCCUGGAGGCAGCCCAGACCUUUCAGGAGAAGGGCCCCAGCCCACCCAAAGCCAAGGUUUCAAUAGACUGACUUGGGCCUUUUUCCUCCUCACACUCACGCACUGGAUGGAUCAUCUGACUUCCCCUAAGCAGACCGCCCUUGUUAACUGAAGCCUUUGGUCUAAGCCUUUGCUUGGACUCCUUGUUGUGCA